GAGGAAGCAGCUGCGGGGAUUGCGCUCAUUCUGAAGGGAGCGCGUGAUUGCGCUCAUGAAUCAAUGCGCGCAAUCACCGCGGUGGUGGUGGUGUGGUGGUGACAUGAAGAAAAGCGAAUCGAAGCUGGAAAAUAACCUAAAAUAAACAACACUGAGGCAGACAGAAACGCAUUUGGAGACGCGUUUGCGCGCGGAGCUGAAGUGCGCAUGCGGACCCGCUGCUUCUUAAACUUUAAACACUCGAAGAUUCACACAGGAAGAGGUUCUCAGGGACGCAGUGCGGCUUCAGAUGCACUAGUGGGCGCUUUAAGAAUGAAAUCCGACUCAUUUUCUCUCCCCCCUCUGUUGGGAAUUUCACCAAGUGAGCUGCUCAAAGGACCCGAGGAAGAGCUCAUCCUACGUAACGCAGCCAGCCUCUUUAACUAUAACUGACAGCACUAAUGCGCAGAGGCUUAAAGCCGACAGAAAAAUCUAUAAGAAUCCCUUACUCUCCGUCGGUCGGUGCGUCAAUGUAAAUAAUUUGCGGGGCUGCGCAGUCUUUGCAUGGCACCCAUCAUGAAUGAGAGCAGCUGCAGAGCAUCCAGAUGAGAGGGGGAGACUCCCAAAGAUCAUCUCUGCAGUGAAAACUGGCAACAACUCUUGGAAUUUGCGUAAAAAACAGUUUGGCGCAGCAAUUUUCUUAAAAAAAAAUCAUAUAUGUGUAUGUGAAUAAAAAAAUGUUUAGUUUCGAUGAGAAAAUGUGCGCCUUUUUCCUUUUUUGUGUCAGUCAGUGCUUGACACAGCUUUGGUGGGUAGAGCCUAAAAUGUAGGAGGGAUCACAUUCAUUCUUGCGCGCGAAAGGAGGGAAAAGCUGGAGAGGAAGAAAAGUGGAGAGAGCCUCCACAGCGGCGGGAAGCUCUUUCAGCACCACUCACUGGUGGACAGCGCCUGAGCCGCGCCAACAUCUGGUCCGAGAGUAUUACUGCGUCUGCGCCAGGCAAACGCCACUGUUUUUUUACUUCCCACCCAGGCUUCUUCUGUUUUUUUUCAUCUGUCAUAUUUUUUUUAAAUUUUAUUUUGAAAUUCCUCCUUCUAAUCUUUGUGGCGGGUUUCCAAUAAGAAAGCAGCAGCGGAGUCAGGAGACGCUUUCCAACAAGGGUGCAGGAAGACAGGAGAGAUCAUAAAAAAUAAAACCAGAAGAGGCUACUUCUUUUCCUCCUGUUAUUUUGAAAGGAUUUAAAGGAACUCUGUGUGGACUCUGCUUCCUGCUUGCUUGACAGACUGAGAGAAGAGCUGCACACUUCUGGAACACCGGAGAACAGAGGAAGUCGUCCAGCUUUCUUCUUGCCUGAUGAAGGAACUCUGAACGCCACCUGAGCACACUCAGAACUAUUUAAUUUCUCUGCACAUCUGCCACCCUCAGGUGUUGGAAAGCAGAAAGGGACAUCACAGAAAAGAAGAAAAGGACGUAGAUAAACACAACAAAGAGCACAACAUUCGUACUUCUGAGUUUGUGUCAGAACAAGAAACCAUGGAAGGAGAUUUUUGAAGUCCACUUUGCUCUGUAAAGUAUUGCUGUUCCUGGAUAUUUGCAUGUACGUCUGGGUACAUGUGAGCACACUUCUUUUAUUUUCAAAGGACCUGAAUUUGUGUUUGGAUGUGGAUUUAGUCUUUCAUUAUGACUCUGCAAGGAGGCUUUGAGAGAUUGUGGACUGGCUGCCACAGAGAGGUUUGCUGUUGGGUCUUGCUGCUGGCUUGUUAUUUGUCAGACGCAUUGGCAGUCAGGCCCAAAAUGCCCGGCCACACAUACCUCAACUCAAUACGCAUCGAUGGGGACAUAUCUCUGGGUGGACUGUUUCCCGUGCAUGCCAGAGGAAACGAUGGAAAAGCCUGCGGAGAGUUGAAGAAGGAGAAAGGGAUCCACAGGCUGGAGGCCAUGCUUUUUGCCUUGGAUCGUAUUAACAAUGACAAUGAGCUGCUGCCUAAUAUCACCUUGGGGGCCCGCAUCCUGGACACGUGCUCCCGAGACACCCACGCCCUGGAGCAGUCGCUCACAUUUGUUCAGGCAUUGAUUGAGAAAGACUCGACUGAUGUCAAGUGUCUCAGCGGAGGGCCGCCCAUCAUUACUAAGCCGGAGAGAGUGGUGGGAGUGAUCGGUGCCUCGGCCAGCUCCGUGUCAAUCAUGGUCGCCAACAUUUUGCGCCUCUUCAAGAUCCCCCAAGUGAGCUACGCCUCCACAGCCCCGGAGCUGAGCGAUAACACUCGCUAUGACUUCUUCUCCCGUGUGGUUCCCCCGGACACCUACCAGGCGCAGGCCAUGGUGGACAUCGUCAAAGCCAUGGGCUGGAACUACGUUUCCACUGUAGCAUCCGAGGGGAACUAUGGGGAAAGUGGAGUCGAUGCAUUUAUUCAGAAGUCCAGAGAGGACGGUGACCUGUGUAUUUCACAGUCUGUGAAAAUACCACGAGAGCCAAGAGCCGGAGAGUUUGACAAGAUCAUUCGGAGGCUGAGCGAGAACCCCAAUGCUCGAGUGGUCAUCAUCUUCGCCAACGAGGAUGACAUCAGGCGACUUCUCCAGGCAGCCAAGAAGGCCAAUCAAACCGGUCAUUUCAUCUGGGUCGGUUCAGACAGCUGGGGAUCCAAAAUUUCCCCAAUCCUGAACCAAGAAGAAAUGGCGGAAGGUGCUGUCACCAUCCUACCAAAACGACAGUCAAUCAAAGGCUUUGAUCGCUACUUCAUCAGUCGAACUUUGGAGAACAACAGGAGGAAUAUUUGGUUUGCAGAGUUUUGGGAGAACAACUUCCAGUGUAAACUCAGUCGGCACGCCGUAAAGAAAGGAUCUGGCAUCAAAAAGUGCACAAACCAUGAGCGGAUCGGGAAGGAUUCCUCGUACGAACAGGAGGGGAAGGUUCAGUUUGUGAUAGAUGCUGUUUAUUCUAUGGCUCAUGCCCUCCACAACAUGCACAAAGACCUCUGCCCAGGGAAAGUUGGCCUCUGCUCCCAGAUGGACACCAUCAACGGCACGCUGCUGCUCAAGUAUAUUCGCAAUGUCAACUUUACAGGAAUUGCUGGCACUCCGGUGGUCUUUAACGUGAAUGGAGAUGCUCCUGGUCGCUAUGAAAUAUACCAGUACCAGAUCACAAACGCCACCACAGAAUAUAAAAUUAUUGGUCACUGGACGGAUCAGCUCUACUUGAAUGUCAAUAAGAUGCAGUGGCCCGGUGGAGAACAGGAAGUCCCGUCCUCCAUCUGCAGCCAACCGUGCCGUUCCGGGCAGCGCAAGAAGACAGUUAAGGGCAUUCCAUGUUGUUGGCACUGUGAAAACUGUGACGGCUACCAGUACCAGGCUGAUACUUACACUUGCAAGAUGUGUCGGUUCGAUUUGAGACCCAACGAGAACCACACUGGUUGUGUUCCGAUCCCUAUUGUCAAGCUGGAGUGGAGUUCUCCUUGGGCGGUAUUUCCCGUCCUUAUCGCCGUCUUGGGGAUCAUGGCCACUCUCUUUGUGGUUGCCACUUUUGUGCGAUACAAUGACACCCCGAUUGUAAAGGCGUCUGGUCGAGAACUGAGUUACGUUCUGCUGACAGGCAUUUUCCUUUGUUACGCCACGACAUUCCUCAUGAUCUCAACCCCUGAUGUGUUCGUAUGCUCUCUGAGAAGAAUUUUCCUGGGCCUCGGUAUGAGUAUCAGCUACGCAGCACUUCUUACCAAGACAAAUCGAAUAUACAGGAUUUUUGAGCAAGGCAAGAUGUCAGUCAGUGCCCCGCGGUUCAUCUCCCCGGCCUCGCAGUUAGUCAUCACUUUCAGCUUGAUAUCAGUGCAGCUGCUCGGAGUGUGCGUCUGGUUUGGCGUUGACCCGUCGCAAGCCAUCAUCGACUACGAGGACCAGCGCACAGUCAACCCAAAGAUGGCACGUGGGGUUCUUAAAUGUGACAUUUCCGACCUGUCCCUCAUCUGCCUGCUGGGUUACAGCAUGCUGUUGAUGGUCACCUGCACGGUUUACGCCAUCAAGACCAGAGGGGUUCCGGAAACCUUCAACGAGGCCAAGCCCAUCGGCUUCACCAUGUACACCACCUGCAUCGUGUGGCUAGCCUUCAUCCCGAUCUUCUUCGGGACUUCACAAUCAAGAGAAAAGAUGUACAUCCAGACCACAACCCUGACCAUCUCUGUCAGCCUGAGUGCGUCCGUGUCUCUGGGGAUGCUCUACAUUCCAAAGGUCUACGUGGUGCUCUUCCACCCAGAGCAGAACAUCUCCAAGCGCAAGCGCAGCCUGAAGGCUGUGGUCACCGCAGCCACCAUGUCCAACAAGUUCAACCCCAAAGGUGGCCUGAGGCCGAACGGAGAGGCCAAGUCUGAACUCUGCGAAAGUCUGGAGACACAAGACUGUGUUGAGAGAGGCGAUCCUUGUGAGGGACUUUAGACUCUCAGCGUUGGCUUCGAAGCAGACAUACAUAAGCUACAGCAACCACGCCAUCUAAGAGAGUGAAGACCCAGGAAGACCUCGGCCUGCCGGAGGAAUCCCCUGUGUUUGGAAUUUUGUUAGGAUACAGGGGGUGGAAAGAUGGGAAUUUGUCAUACUUGAAGGAUGUAAGAUUGUUUUUUAUGGAAUCUUAAAGGCUCACAUGCCAAAAUGGAGGAUAUAUUAGGAGCUUGGAGGAGAGAGAUGUCAGACGUAGAAUGGUAGGAAACAGAAGAUUUCCCUCUUUCCUCCCCCCAUGUCUGAGACAAGCGGGUGUCAGUCACUUGUGCUUUCAGAUGCAAACUAAGUGGACCUGCUGUAGCCUCCUCUGAAGUGUAUAGCACACCGUCUCAGUUCUCUCUGAGGCUCAAUUGUCCGUUUUGAGAAAAACAGAUAAGAAUCGUUCAGUCAAAUAGAGCUGGCGAGGGGGGGGGGGCUCGCCAGCAAAUAUAGAAAAUGCAGCAAUUAUUUUUGGUUACAGGUUUUAGUGGACUUCAACGCUGCAGUACUCUCCAAACUGUUCAUGCCUUACAACCGCACAGUCAGUGUACCCACAACGUUUGUGAAACGCAUAAAGACAAAGCUGCGGGGGGGUCGUCUCGGUUGUGUUCUAACUGUUUCAUAUUUCUAUCGAUGACGCCAUUGUCUUUGGGAAACCUAGUGUACAGUCCCAGAGCAUGCUGAUGGGAGCAUCACACGUACCGUGUUGUGUCGUCGACGUCUAUGGAAUGCAACAUUUGUCCUGGUUGUCAUUCACGUUGGAGAUGUUGUGUUUGGGUGGAUGGUUUGAGUGAGGAGAAGGAGUCCAACAAAAACCAGAUUCACAGUUUACAUCAACAGCAUUUACAGUAAAGAUUUGGAGUUUGAAAAAUGCAUUUUGUUAACAUAAUGGCCCUUAUUUAUCACGUUUUUCAUACAAACAUAGCAUGUGUCAAAUACUAAAACCAGUUUAUAGUGGUAUUCCUGUGAUUUUUACUGCAGUAAAGACGGUUCUAACAGUUUCCCAACAGAGUUUAGCUCUGCCUUAAGGAGUAUCGUGUUCAUUUUUAUCAUAAAAGUAAUUCACUGGAGACAGAGUAUUCUGCCCCUAAGUUAUGGCAAAUGUGUUAUUGUAGGACAGUGAAGUUGUAUAAUAUAUUGGUCGGUAUGAAUACAUAAGUAUUCUUGCUUUUCAUAACCUAUGAUGGACUACCCAGACGGGAUUAUUACUGAAUGGGUAAUAAAUAUUGUAUGACCGUGUGUCUCUGCUAUAACAUGAUUUAGUAAGUGUCUAGGUGCAGGAAAUGCAACAUUAUUCAGGGAUGCUUUUAAACAAGAAAACUAUUAACUUAGAUUCAUUUUAGAAAAAAAUUAUUUCAUUUGAAAUGUGAAAUAAUUUUAACUUGUAAACUGUUAUCUUUUAUCAAAAACAGGGGCAUAGGUUGUGUCAUUGCAUUAAAUAAAAUCUUCAUUUUCAAUCCUGUAGAUAGUGGAUCAGUAUCAUCAGGAAUGUCAUACAAACUUCCCCACAUACUGCUCAAGAAAACUGUAAAAAAUCAACAUAUAAAGUUUGUGGUCUCAAAGCAAGCCCAUAUCAUAGUCAUUCCACCUUCUUGCUUGACAGCUGUGAAAUAUAAAACUUUAAAUUGUGCCAAAAUUAUGUUGGAUUUAAAUCCACAACAAUAAUACACAUCUACCAAUCAUUUAGAUAACAACUUUAAAAACUGAAGUCAAAGCCGGUUAUGUUUUAUUAUUUGCAACUCCUCUAAAAAGAGAAACAAUGCAUGUAAAGUUGAUUUCUAACAUGCAAGGAUAUAAACAUUGCUGUUCUUGUAAAACAGGGAGUUGAAACAUUUAAAAAAUACAGUAAACCUAUGAGAAUGACAGACAGCAACAACUGCUUCUCUACAGUAUAUACUGAUGCUUUCAUUGGUGUAAAACUGAAAACUGAAGGCAGCAGGCUGAUAAUUAGUAUUUUUUCUUAUAGCAAUUAACCCUUUUACAUUAAAACUUUUGCUCCAGUGUUGCACUCUUUCGUCUACCGUGAUUCUUCAAUCAUGUAUGCAUUCAACGUAAACCAGCUGAUUCUAAAAGCGGCUUUGCGUCGUUUUGCAGCACUCAACAUUCGUAAUGUUUUGUAUCUCAAUGCAAAACAAAUAUAAAAAGUAGAGCUGCAUGAUAAUAUCAGUUACUGAUAAUUAUUGUCUGAUAAUGGACAUUAUGACGCCCUGCCGAUAAUUCUAAAAAGAAAAGAAAUUGCAGAUAAAAUUUACAGAUAAUUAUACACUUAAAUUGGGCAUUAUUUGUAUAUAAAAAUGUUCUUAUUACAUUACUAUUUAAGUUGAAGUCUUAACAUUUGCAAUGGCCAUUGAAAUGUACUUUCUCUAUUUACAGAUGUUUGGCAGACUGAAAAAGUUAAUAGUGUUUAUGCUACCUGUUAUUUCAUUAUUUUUUAAAACAAGCACUGCAGAUUUGUUGGAAUACAUAAGAGCCAUUUGCUCUUACUUUUUACUUGCAAAUAUUUUUUCUUGAGUAUUUAAAAAAUAUCGGUUGUUUAUGAGUAUCUGCAGCAAGAGGCCAGAAAAUAUCAGACAUCGGUUCUAAAAAAAAAGCUAAUUUUUUAUCAUAAUUGUUUUAUCAGAAUCAGCAGGUUAAUGUUGAUUGGUCCUCAAAUGGUACAUUAAAUGGUACUUCAAAUGGUACUUCAAAUACUCUUUGAUGUACCAUGGGUGCAUCAAAGAGUAUUAUUUAGAUGUCACUGGUGACAUCUCUGGAGUUAAAGGGUUCACUAAAAGGACCCAUCAACCAGAAUCUGACAUUUUCUCCAAAAUCUUUUAUCUUCUUUUAUAACAGUUCGAUUUUCUUAAGGUUAAAAUAAAAAACAAUCUAGGAAGUCAUGGAGUAUCAAACAAGAUAUACUGUACACAGUUCGCCAGUAUGAAUAUCUUGAUCGCAAAAUGGUUGUAAAACUCUAACCUUGACAAAGGGUCAAUUUUUUUAGUGAUAGUAGUUAAGGGAAACUACAGAGGGUCUUCAUGAGAGUUCCUAUUUUUGCCAGUAGAAACCAACAGACCUACAUGUCCUCAUUGAGUUGAGGAACAGGAACAACCACCUUUUUCACUAUGCAGUUCAACUGGUAGGAGGUCUUAACUAUCCUUUUCUCUUAAUCCUCACACAUUGAUCUACCUGUGUUGGUAUAAAACUCCUUAAGUCUAAGCCAAACUCAUGUAGAACCAAUAAUGGUUCAAUAUUUGACUAAAUAUUUUAGCAAUCCAAUUGAAAAAAGCAUCAACGUUGAUAAAUAAGGGCCAGUGCCUUCAUUUUGUGCCUCAUUCCUGUUGUUGUACUCCUGCCAUUCUUCCACGUCAGAGGAUUUUUUUUUAUUUAACCAUUACAUUUGUAUCAGAUUUGAACUUUAAUAACCAACAAAAAACAAUUCACCAUUAAAUGUACAAUCAACAGACAGAUCUGCAGUCUCUUAUGUUGUAUCCCUUGUCCCACCAUCAAUGUAGCUCUUGAAUUUGUCUCAUUCAGUGU